AUGAAUCUUAUGAAGAAAAUCAAUGAGAGGCUCCAGGAAUGGGGCCUCUACACGGAUACACGGAGAAAGGACGCACUCGGAAAGUGGAAGAGGCAGACUGAGGCCUUAAUCCUUCUGUUGGAAGAGGAGUUCGAUCCUUUAAUUGCUCGAGCCAUAUUCAAUGAACGCCAUAGCUCGGCCCUAUACAAACUUCCUGAUGACGUUUGGCUUCGGAUUUUCUCGCUCCUUUACCAAGACGAAAUCUCGUUCUUCAUAAUCCGCCAGGUGUGCAGGCGAUUUCGUCGACUUUUGCAAGGAAGGAGAUUUCUUUAUCAUCGUUUUUCACCAGUCCGCAGUUAUGGUAUGCCCAAUAGCCAGAACGGAGGAGAUAUGUUUCUUAAAUCCAAAGGCGCGGUGACCAAUUUCGUCCCCUCUCACGCAUUUUUGGACGAGCCAGAUGCGGACGCAGUCCUACGUGCCGACAUUUGUCAUCUCCUCCAUAUCGAUACUUACUGCAACGACUGUCUAAAAUACGAUAAACGCCGUUGGUAUGGAAAGUCCGACCUUAACAAGGGAUAUUGCAAGUUCCUUCGUUCUGGAUCACAAUAUUACUGCGAUGUGUGCGCCGCAAGCCACCCCUAUACGAUGUUCUCGCGACAGGGGAAGAAAGAAAGGAGAUGUAACGGCGUCAAAGGCCAUGUCCGAGUCUGCGAGCACCAAACCAUUUCGUGGUUACAGAUGAGAUCAUUCCUCAGGGAGUGUAAAGCUAGGAUACCUUGCACGGCCCGACCAGAUUUUGAGGUUGAUACAAUCAUGAAGGCCUGUGAUCACCCUGACCAUCUGGACCAUGUCACGGAAUGCCACGCUUUUGAAAUCAAUGGGCCGGUGGCUCGACUCUUCUAUAAGAAAUCGGGGGAGUGGAGAGUGGAGCUUACUUGGGAGCCUCACUCCGGGCCAGGCAAGUUCAAGCUAUACCAACCAGGGAAAUUCGACGCAGGCGAAAUGCGCGACCUGUUCCUCUCCUAUCGCUCAAGUGCCGCACGGUUUAUUGUUCCGGAGCUUCUGCCGAACCACCUGCCAGAGAUGACCUGCUUCCGCCUGAAUGAGUGCGACUGUCUCAGCUAUGGAACCGACGAGGAGAAGGUCCGUACUCUCCUCCACGGGGACGAGGCAUCCCUGGUGCAAGCGAACAUAAAGAGAACUCAUUCGGCUCUGGAUGUUGCGCACGGGCGGCCUAGCAGCCACCAACAGCCUUACGAAGCUUCUCAGCGAGCUCAUGUUCGGAUCCAACCUUGUCCACAGACAUUGAGCACCCAGCAGACCAAGGGGUCCCCAUGUGUGGUGACAGUCUACAAGAGGCUCAUUACAGGAUUUUGUCACGGGGAACCUGAAGAAGCAGUGCCCAGCCACGAUUGGCUCCACGCCAUGGAUCGGGCCUCGUACAGCGAAUAUGGCCGUGGAGGAAAAGCAGAGGCGUGCAGGAAUAUGGAUCCGGCGUGCAGGAACUCGUAUCCCCUCGGCGUUCUGGGUUGCUACGACCGCGAUGUCACCUUGUGCAAGUCUAAUAAGGGGCACUGCUGUCAAAUACAUUCGUAUAAACGCAAGCAUCGUGGCUCAACCGAUGGGCCUGCCCCAUUUGACCCAUUUUUCCUUCUUAUAUUGAAUGCAGCUGUACUAAAUGGGUGA